AUGACAGAGGUCCUCCACUCACCCUCGUCCUCUUCCUCCACUUCUUCCUCCUUUUCACCCACCACCCACAAUGACGCAUUGUUCCAAAGGCAGUCUUUUGUAGAAGAAGAAGAAGAGGAGGACGGAAUUUCUAGGGGGACAGAAGGUGACAGAAAGGAGAAAGAAAAAGAAAGGGAUCAGUUGUCUUUGUUGGCACUGUUGGUGACUCUCUUUAGGAAGUCUUUCUGGGUUGCUUGCAAGACUGAUAGCGAAGAGCUUUGUGGUGGUGGUGGUAUGGAGAUUGGGUGGCCCUCUAAUGUGCGCCAUGUUGCGCAUGUUACUUUUGAUAGGUUUAAUGGGUUCUUGGGUUUGCCUGUGGAGUUUGAGCUUGAAGUGUCCAGGAGGGCCCCUAGUGCAAGGUGGGAGAUUUGA